AUGUGGAGCAGGCUGACGGGCUCUUCGGGUGCCUCGCAGUCGCCAAAGGACGACGACGCUCGCCGCCGCCGCACCACCACCAGCGACUCUACGCGUUCUAAGCGCGACCGGGAUCGAGAUCCAGAUACCCGCUCCGUCGUCUCCUCAACAUCCACCCGCAAGCCCUCGGUCUCUCGACGCGACACUGCGCCCUCGUCGACGGCCUCCUUCACCACUGCAUUUGACGACAUUCCGCGCUCACGGGCUGCACCAAACACUGACCCAAACAGCGACUACGACAGGCGUCGCGACGACCGCCGCAGCAGCUACGCAGAGUCUUCAACAUCCACCAUGCGCGACGACAGAGACAAGAAGAAAAAGUCAAAGGAUAGCAAGUCAGACAAGCGCCGCUCGACGCGCUCAGAGCAGUCGGCUAGCGUGACGCAGACGGGCGGCUACCGGGGCGACAUUGUUGACAGCCCCAAGUCACUCCAACGCAGCUACAGCGAACAGAUGGGCAGCGACGGCCUUUCGCGCUUCCCCGGCCAGGCAGGAGCGCCCAUGAUGUCGGGCGCUCUCCCCGUGGGAACCAAUGGCCCCCAAUCAUCAUCAUCACAAUACCAAAACCAACAACAACAACAACAAGGCCACCACUAUUCAGAUCACGUGCAGAGCCAGUUCCCCGGCCAGGAUCCUGUAAACUAUGCCUCUAGUGCAAUGCCUGGCGGCCAUCCCUUUGGCGCGGCUGCCGAAUUCUACAACGACCAGGGCCAGUCUGUUGGUCAACAGCCCGGCGUGAGGCCCCAGCCCCCAUCUGUCAUUGUCGGCCAGGAUACACCUCAUCUCAUGUCUGCUUCUGCCCAGCCCAACCCCGUUGCCGACACCGGCUCGGGCGCGGCUGCAGACUUCUAUGCCCAAGGCCCUAGCACCUCUUCAUCCAGGCCUCCACGACCGUUGAGCUCAUCCAUGCCUGGUGCCUUCGUCGACGACACACCUGCCCCGCCGAAGCCGCCCCGGCCGGCGUCGUCGUCGAGACCUGACAAGCCAGGCACCUUUGGUACAGCUGCUUCAAUGGCCAGUGCUGCUGCCUUUGGAUAUGCCGCUGGCCAUAGUUCUUCUAGUCAUGAGCACUCGGCAAGCUACAGCAGCUCGUCGAAUGUUCGUCCCCCUUCAUCAUUCUCGUCAUACACUAAUACUGCCCCUGCUGCCCCUGCAUCUACUUAUAACAUGUAUGGAAACGGCCCUAAUACCUCUAAUGCUAACGCCAGCAAUGGCAACCAUCUUCCGUCAUACCCCGCAGCCGCUCAUGCCAACGAUGACAUUCCUCCACCCAAGCCUCCGCGACCAAGUAAGCCCGAAAAACACUCGUCUGGCAGCAACGCUGGACUCCUUGCUGCUGGGGCUGCGGGGCUAGCGGCAUAUACUAUGCAUCAACACAAUUCAAGCACGCACGAACACUCCCAUUCACACACUCAUACACAUUCACAUUCGCAUGGCACCUCACAACAUCACUCGGCUUCUGGCGCUUCCAAUGGUCACCAAAACAACGGCCUUUUACCAAGUGCCUACGUCUCGGGCGGCAUGGCCCAGCAUCACCAGCAUACCGGUCCCGUUUCCCGGUUCGUGGAUUGGUGGAAGGACUAUGAGGAUGUGCAGAAGAUGGAGGAGUACACCGAGUACAUUGGUGUCUGUAAAGGAUGUUUUGACCCGCGUUCCUCCGUUCUCGAUGCCCCUCGAAAGCACCACUACUACAAACGACGUUCCAACGAAUUCAUGCGGCCUUCAGGAGGCAUUGAAAAGCAAUCUCGUUACAACUUGAAGGAGAAGAGGUCACAAAACUCUAUUUCGGGUGAGGAAAGACGCAAGACGAGCAACAGCGCUGCAGGUUGGAUGGCUGCAGGACUGGGAGGCCUCGGCCUUGCCAAAGCUGGAAAGGCUGUAUGGAACAAUGCUCGGGACGAUUUCGACGAUACCUACAGCAUCAAGUCUGGACGCUCGCGUGUGUCACGUCGUAGCAGUAGCCGAUCCCUUGAUCGCAAGGGCUAUAGCUACGGUUAUGCAGGUGUUCGCCACAGGAGUCGAUCUGGUGAUCGCAUGUCCAACAUGUCUGUAGGUGUUACGAGUGACAGGAAGGACCGCAAGGCCCACAAGAGUCGCCGACAUUCCAGAGCAAGCUCCAGCUCCAGUUCCAGUUCUGACAAUGGCAAGUCUGGCCUGAUUGGUGCUGCUAUUGGUGCAGGUCUUGCGGGAGCUGCUUUGGGAGCUUCCGCAAGCAAGAAGCGUCACGCCCGCUCCAAGUCACCCAAGAGGGUUCAAGUUGUGCAUCCCCGCCGAGAUAGCAACGAUGAUGACCGAAGUAGAAGAUCUCAACAACUCCGACACAAGGUAUCCCGGAGCUCGACUUCUGGAGCGUCCGUCAUUGAGAUUGGCCAAAACCACGAACAUGAAGGCGGCUUCUUCCAAGGCUUCUUCGCAGCUCCUCCACCAAAGGAGAAACGUGUGAAGCCGGCUAGUCUUAAGAAAAAGAAGGGCGGCUUUUUCAACUUCACCAACGCUUCAACAUCUUCAACCGACUCGGAUAUGGCCUUUGGCACCGGCUAUGUGAGGAGACGGAGGCGAUCGUCUCACAGCAGACGUCCGUCACCAAAGAGGCGCAACUCGGACGAGCGACUCAAAGCUUCUCUCAUUGGUCUUGGUGCUACUGCAGCAGCCAUCACAGCAGCAAAGGCUGGCAAAGGAAAACGCAGUCGUGACGUUAGCGUCGUCAAGGAAAACCGCAAAACCCUCAGGGAUAGCCAGUCUUCUCGCACUGGUUCACGUUUCGGAGAUGAUGAGUGGGAGGACCUGCCAGAUGAUGGCCCCUCUGACUCUGCAAGUGAUGGCGGUCUUGUCUACGGUGAACAUGUACUGAGGAAAUCCAAGAGUAAUGAUUCUAUGGACUCCAAUGGCUCGGGUACCAACAAAUGGGGUUGGCGUUGGGGAUUCGGCAAGAAGAAGAGGAGAUCGUCCAACAACCUCUAUGACAAUAUCGCCAAUACCUCGCUCAUUGCACCUGCCGCAGCUGGUGCUGUGGGUGCUGCAGCAGGCGCAGCAGCUAUUGGGGCGACUCAAGCGCGUCCUGAUAGCCAGUCGAGCAGUGCGCAGACGCUGCAGUCAGUAUAUCCUGUUGCGCCUCACGACCCUAAUGCAUUCUUCGAUGCACGACGUACAAGCUCUAUCGCGACAUCGCAGCCUUUAGUCACCUCGGGGCCUGGUUCUGUAAGCCUUCAGCAGCCCCAGCCCAUGCAUCAAGUCCACGGAACCGUCUAUACCACCCAAGCACCACCACCGGCUAGUUACAAUGCCCCUACGGGUCCUCCAGUCUUUUCGCAAGUGCCACCGCAGCCUCAAGCCCAGAACAUCAUCAUUAACAACAACAACAACAAUCAAUUCCCGCAACAGCCUCCUCUUCGCCGAGCAAACUCUUCACCCAUCCAGACGUCUUCAUGGAGGCGAGAUGCCGCUAUUGCAGGACUUGCAGCCACAGCUGGAGCUGCUGCAAUCUCUGCAUUAAAAUCCGAUCGUCCACCCAGUGCAUCCAGCAAUGUGCGUUUCGAUUUGACACAAGCACAGACCGAAAAGGAAAUGCGUGAGCGACGCAGACAGCAGGAGCGAAUCGAAGAAGAGGCUCAACGUAGACGUGAGCAGCAGGAACGAAUUGAAGAGGAGGCUCAACGUCGACGCGAGCAACAGCGGCUCGAUGACGAGGCAAGAUGGGAAGAAGAGGAACUUGCCCGCCGAGAGCAGCAACGCCGGGAUGAUCAAGCACGACGACUAGAGACGGCACGUCGUGAAGAGGAAGAACGCGUGCGCCGGGAACACCAACGACAAGAAGAAGAAGCCCGCAAGGCGGAAGAAGAGCGGCGCCUAACACUGCUUCGUCUAGAGGAGUCGAAACGCGAGGAAGAAGAGCGCCGUUUGAUCCUGCUCCGUCAAGAGGAAACAAAGCGUGAAGAAGAGGAGCGUCGUUUGACUCUACUUCGCCAAGAAGAAACAAGGCGUGAAGAAGAAGAGCGUCGUCUAGCUCUGCUUCGCCAAGAGGAGACGAAACGUGAAGAGGACGAACGUCGCCGUCGCGAACUACAACGCCAGCAAGACGAGGCACGAAAGUUCAUGGAGAUCGAGCGCUUGGCGAGACUUGAAAAUGACCGUCGUCGUGACGAGCACGAGUUGGCAGCACGUCAACUGCGAGAGGCAGAGGAACGCGAACGUCAACAACGCUUGGCUUUCCUAGAGCACCAACGUCAGCUUGCUAUCGAGGCCGCAGAGGAGGAGCGAGUUCGAAGAGAGCGUCGUGAGGCUCAGCAACAAGAGGCAGAGCGUAUCGAUGCUGCGAGACGUGAGGCUGAGAUCCAGGAGGACCUGGAGCAACGACGCAGGGGGCGUGAGCUACAAGAUUCUAGUAAUCGAUACCCAAGUGUUCAGGCCCGACAGCUGGAGGAACAACCUGCAGGUGGCUCAAUCGCCUCGGCUGCGACUGUCGUACAACGCAAGGAAAAGGAACUGAAAGACAGAGAACGAGAAGCCCUCAAGCCAGAAAAGAAAUCCUCUUCUGUUGCUAGUGCUGUUGCUGCUGGCGCCGCUGCAGCAAUUGUAGGCGGUGCCAUCUCCUCCUACAAAGACAAGAGCAAAGAGAAGGAGAAGGAGAAGAAGGAAAAGGAGCGCGAGCGAAAGCGUGACCGCAGCCACAAGCGCCAAUCUUCUUCAUCUUCGAAGAGCAGUGAAUCCAAGCGCGGAAAGAAGCGAGAGCCGGCCAGUGUCAAAACGAUUGAACCCAGCAGGGUUGAGCAAGACAUGUUUGAUGAAGACAUCUUCAACCCAGAUCUUUUCAAGGAGCCAGCCCGGCAGGAUGCCCGCGAGGUCCUCCGAGAUUGGGAAGACCGGUAUUCUGCUAAACCCGUGUCCCAAGCCGAAUUCUUUGCUCCCCGAGAGCUCUUGGCUGACGACAACCUGCCAAAGGUUAAACCUGUAGACCCUAAUGAGGGUGCUGGCGAUCUCCAGAUGUACUAUGCGCAUGAAGAUGCUCCUUCCGGCCAGCCAAUCUUGCCUCCAUACCCACCUUCUUACUCUUUCACUGCUACGAGAGAUGGGCGACCGACCAAGCAACAGCCGCUACCGAUACCAGUACUAAGCCUUACUAUGCCUACACCUCCAGGUAGUCGCGCGCCAUCUAUGCGUAGUGUGUCGCCUUCUCCCGCCCCAACUAGGGAACCUACCAGGGAUACGAGAGACGAUUACAGGCAAGAAGACUCGAACCGCGCAAGGUCUAGGGUCAGCUGGGGGGAGAACCAAUUCCACCACUUUGAUGUGCCUACCCCCGAGUCUUUCCGCGAACAAUUUGUCUCUGAUGGCGAUCUCAAGAGGCAGCAGCCAAACUACUCGUCUGAUCAGAUCACUGUAGAACGCGAAAUACCUACGUCCACAUACAUACCUUAUCAACCAGGCACCCCUUCGUCCAGCGAGUCGAAGGAGACCACUCCAAGCACACAAUACGUCAGCGAUGAUAACAGCUCAACUUGGGAUAGUGUCGUGAGUGCCUCUGCCUCUUCGAAGGCGAGCGAGAGGAAUGAGAAUACUCCAUCGAACUCUGCCUCUGGAUCUGCUGUUUCGAACGUCUCGGCACCCCCACCGCCCCCACCGCAGAAUCAACAGGAUGAGUACGAUUACAAGCGCAUCAAUGCAUCACUCCUGAGUAACCCAUUUUCUGACACGAAUAUGGCACCUUCCACAAUUGCUGCAUCACUCAUCUCAGCUCCGUCAGCCAUCUCGGCUCCAUCAAUCAUCUCAGCUGCGCCAUCGACAAGCAGUGUACAGACGGCGUACUAUCAACCUGAGCCAGCGUACGACAUGCGCAUGAUGCCUGAUAGGAGGACUGUGGGGCCUGGUUUUAUCGAGGGCGAGAUUCCGGACGACCCUGUGCCGUUGCAUAUCCCGGGCAGUUUUGAGGAGGCAGAAGAGUCCGAGCCACCGACACCUACGAUGGAGAGUUUCGCAGCUGCAGCGAAGAAGGACACAAAGGGUAAGAGUACUGACUCGAAUGUAGUUUUGCAGGAUGUCCCUCGGCAGGUUGAGCCAGAGCCUUCCGUGGUUUCUAAGUUGUCAAAAGGGAAAGGGGUUGAAUCAGACACCAAGUCGAGCAAGAAGGACAAGGAGAAAGACAAGGAAAAGAAGAAGAAGAAGAAGUCCUCCAAAUCUUCGAAGCGAAUCAGCGUUGAUACUUGGGAGUUGGACGAACCUAGUCCACCGACAAGCCCUAUCCUCGAACGUGACCCUCGAGAUAUCGAGCCAUCAAGAGCUGUCGAGUCACCAAGAACUGUCGAGCCAUCCCACUCUGGCGAGUCGUCACGGACAGCUGACCGUGGCCAAGACUAUCAACCAUCAAAAAGUGCAUCUCGCAGCGAUGAGGGUAGCAGUGCCAAGGUUUCCACCGCUGCCUUGGCCGGUGGUUUCGCUGCUCUGGUAGGCACUGCUAUAUCUCAAGACCGAGACAGGAUGGCUUCCGAAUCCGAACGUGCCAGGCGUAACCUGGAGUCGGCAGAGAAGCCCUCAUCCCGUGACUCGCACUCGUCUUCAUCCAACAGCAACCAUGCUCCUGAAGAUCCUGCAAAGAAUGUUACCAUUCCCAGCUACGCAUUCGGGGGAGUGGAUGAAUUGGCCGACAAGACGCCUAAACGUAGGAGCGAGAAAAGGAGCAGUAGCAGCGGCAAGUGGUCACCAUCAGUUGGAUCGCCUCUGAGGACAGAGAUGAAACAAGAAGACUAUAUGGGUGCUCGCAACAACUCUGAUGGUUCCAAGUAUCAGCCACUUGUUGAAGCGCCAAAAGUGCCUACUGCAGCUCCAUUUACAGGCACAUCCGAUCCUACAACUUCCCGUAGUGUAGCUGACUCUGGCUACUAUGCCCCUGACGAUUUCACACACCCCGAAUCCACCGAGAAGGAGCCUGACAAAUCCUAUUUCGCGGGCUCAAAUGGCAAUACCAGAGACAGUCAAUCGCGCGUCUCAAAUGCGGAAAGAAUCAGACGUUCUGACGAUGAGGACGACUACAGACGGCGCAACUCCUUCGACGACGACAUUGGUUCGAUCGCCUCGCUGAGCUACAAAUACGAAGAUCCCGACCGGGAAGAGCGACGCCGUAGACGUCGUGAAGCCAGAUCUGAAACCCGUGACAAGAGUCGCGACAAGAGCCGCGACCGCGACUACGAUGUGGGCGAAGGCGAAGAACGAAGGCGAAAACAUCGCCGUCGCGAGACAGACGAGGGCGCUGACGAUUGGGACACGCGAUCUACAUACUCGGAAGCUCGCUCUGACGUCAAUGGCGAGCGCAGGCGUAGACAUAAGAGGAAGGAUUCAUCGCCAGACAGGAAGACAAGGUCUCGCUCAGAAGCAGCGUCUGAACACGGUGACUUGUACGACGAGCCCAAAUCUUCCCGCAGACGUUCUAGGCGGGAGGACGAUGACACUGCUUCCUUGAUAUCUUCUUUUGCAGGAUGGGAUGACGACCGCAGCUCCCGAAAAGAGAAGGAUAAACGAUCAAGUGGUCUCAUGGGUCUCUUCAGCAGCAAGUCAAGAGAAAACCUGGCGGAGGCUGCCAGCAAGUCUUCCAGGUCGAGAGAUGACAACGAUGAAGAGCGCAAGCACCGGAGACGGAGACAUCGGUCAGAUCGUGGUUCUACUUACGGUUCGGAUGAUGAUGAUGAUGAUGUACGUUCCACUAUUUCAAGUACUAGCCGCCGCGAAAAGAGGAGCAGAAGCAGUCGCAGCGAGAGAGAUGGAGACAGGGCGGAUGCUUAUGAUGAAAAGGUACAUCGCUCUUCUUAUAUGCGAUAG